AUGUCGAAUGAGACAUUCUAUUUACGAUACUACUCAGGUCACUCUGGGCGGUUUGGACAUGAGUUCCUAGAAUUUGAUCUUCGCUCCAUUUCAGAAGGUAGCAGCGCCGCCGUACGAUAUGCCAACAACUCGAACUACCGCAAUGAUUCCCUCAUCCGCAAAGAAAUGUGCGUGAGCGAUGCGAUGGUGCAAGAAGUGAAGCGCAUUAUCAAGGAUAGCGAAAUCCUGAAAGAGGACGACUCCAAGUGGCCUCAGAAGAACAAAGAUGGACGCCAGGAGCUAGAAAUCCGAAUUGGAAAUGAGCACAUCUCUUUUGAGACCGCGAAAAUCGGCUCACUAGUCGAUGUGACCGAAUCAGAUGACCCCGAGGGUCUGCGGGUCUUUUACUACCUCGUGCAGGACUUGAAGGCUCUUGUUUUCUCCCUGAUCUCUCUCCACUUCAAGGUACCAUCGAGUCCUACUCCCCUCUUGGCCCAUUUUUAA